AUGAAACCGAUUAAUAUAAUUUGGAAUUUUUUUUUACGAACAAUGGUAUGAGACGGAUGAUACGAACAUGCGUCCCAGCCAGACCUGGUUGGCGACCACGACGCUGCUCCUCAUUCUACAGCACUCAGAAAUGAAGCACGGCACUCCAUUAUCCGAGGACUUCCAGCUCAACCCAAGCACUAGACACCACCAUAGACACAGACACAAGCAAACAGAAGCUCCCUACCUUGAACCUUUAGUGGAUAGAAAAUUCAAAUAUUCUUUCUAUGAUCCCCUAGUUAGUUUCAGAGAGAAGACUUAUUUAGACAGGAGUCUGAUAGGCUAUGAUCUGAUCGUCGACGAUAGGCAAAAUGAUUGGUUGAACAUGUCAAAAGACCAAAUAAGUGAACUGAAGGAUAAGAAGCAUCAGCAUUGGCCUAUCAAGAGAGAAGCGGUGAUAGAGGGGGACUUGGUGCUCGGAGGUCUCAUGAUGGUGCAUGAAAGAUCAGACAAUAGGACUUGUGGUCCAGUUAUGCCGCAAGGAGGGGUCCAGGCAUUAGAAACAAUGAUGUACACGCUUGAUAUUAUAAAUCAUAAGUUGAAACUCAUUCCAGGAGUGACGAUUGGUGCCCACGUCCUCGACGAUUGUGAUAGGGAUACGUAUGGAUUGGAAAUGGCAGUGGAUUUUAUAAAAGGUUCGAUCAGUAACAUUGAUGAUGCUGAAUAUGCUUGCAACGCGACGGCCAUGAGGAAGGUGAUCUCCGGUGUGGUGGGCGCUGCCUCUAGCGUUACCUCUGUUCAAGUUGCAAAUCUACUGCGCCUGUUUAAAAUACCUCAGGUCUCGUUCUUCUCAACAUCCCCGGAACUGUCGAACAAGGCUCGCUUCGAGUACUUCACGAGGACCAUUCCAUCCGACUUGCAUCAGGUGCGAGCAAUGGUCGAGAUUGUAAGGAAGCUGGGCUGGAGCUACGUGUCCAUUAUUUAUGAAGAAUCCAGCUAUGGAAUUAAGGCAUUUGAAGAGUUAGAAGCGUUGCUUGCGAGAAACGGCAUCUGCAUAGCUGUAAAGGAAAAACUCGUGAAAGAUUCUGGUGUGGCAGACGAGAGGGCUUACGAUGAUAUCGUGCAGAAGCUGCUAACAAAGCCACGAGCUCGAGGAGCAAUAAUAUUCGGUUCAGAUCAAGAAGUGGCUGGUGUUAUGCGAGCUGUUGAACGUGUGAAUGCGACUGGAGCCUUCAGUUGGGUCGGCUCAGAUGGAUGGAGCGCAAGGGCUCUGGUUUCUGAUGGUAACGAACGAGCUGUGGAAGGUACAAUCAGUGUCCAGCCUCAAGCCAAUGAUGUGAAGGGCUUUAAGGAAUAUUUUCUGGGACUUAAUGUGAAGAAUAACAAAAGAAAUCCAUGGUUUGUUGAAUUCUGGGAAGACCACUUCCAAUGCCGCUAUCCAGGCAGUCCUAAAACGCCAUACAAUGGUCAGUACGCCCGUUCCUGCUCCGGACUAGAACGUCUAACGGACAACAACACUGAAUUUGAACGACAAUUGCAGUUCGUGUCUGACGCUGUCAUGGCCUUCGCCUAUUCUAUCAGGGAUAUGCAUGUCGAAGUAUGCGGUGGAAGGCAUGGUCUCUGCGACGCCAUGCGGCCUGCGAGCGGCUCUGACCUCCUGCGGUAUUUGAGAAAAGUAAAUUUCACUGGUCUUAGCGGAGACGAGUUCCAUUUUGACGUGAACGGAGAUGGUCCAGCAAGAUAUAAUAUAUUGCACUUCAAGCAAGUGUCGAGAGGAGUGUAUCAUUGGGUUAAGGUUGGACAAUACCUGGAUGGAGAAUUGCAGCUGCAUGUGAAUGAAAUUCAAUUCAAAUGGGGAGAACGUAGACCGCCUGAAUCGGUCUGCAGUGCGGAAUGCGAGCUUGGUCAAGCCAAGCAGUACGUAGAGGGCGAAAGCUGUUGCUGGCAUUGCUUCAACUGCACCCAAUAUGAGAUCCGCUCUCCAUACGUGGAGACAGCUUGCAUGGUGUGUCCCAGAGGCACGCUGCCUGACCCCACCAGAACGGAAUGCCAGCCGAUUCCAGAGGCAUAUCUGAGGCCUGAUUCGGCGUGGGCGAUUGGUGCUAUGUCAUUUUCGUCAGUUGGAAUAUUGUUGACUGCAUUUGUGUGUGGAGUUUGGGUCCGGCACAGCUCGACGCCUGUGGUGCGUGCGAGUGGAAGAGAGCUUUCUUACGUCCUCCUUGCUGGUAUCCUGAUGUGCUACCUUGUCACCUUCGCUCUGGUGUUUCGACCCACGGAUAUAUUGUGUUCAAUACAAAGAUUUGGUACCGGUUUCUGCUUCACGGUGGUGUACGCGGCUCUUCUUACAAAGACCAACAGAAUAUCACGUAUCUUCAACGCCAGCAAGCACUCCGCGAAGCGACCGAUUCUCAUAUCUCCCAGCUCACAGCUAGCCAUAUGUACUGCGCUCGUAUCCAUACAGGUGCUCAUCGUGGUGGUGUGGAUGAUAGUAGCCCCAGCGCGCGCCAUGUUCCACUAUCCCACCAGAGAAGACAAUAUGCUUGUCUGCGAUUCGUACGUGGACGCGUCCUACAUGAUCGCCUUCUUCUACCCCAUCGUUCUCAUCGUGGUCUGCACGGUUUACGCAGUCCUUACAAGAAAGAUACCCGAGGCGUUUAAUGAAAGCAAACAUAUUGGGUUCACGAUGUACACAACCUGUGUGAUAUGGCUGGCCUUCGUUCCACUAUAUUUCGGGACAGCCAGCCAUGUACCGCUGAGGAUCACCAGCAUGGCUGUCACAAUAUCACUCAGCGCAAGCGUGACUCUCGUAUGCUUAUUCUCUCCGAAGCUGUAUAUUAUUCUGAUCCGGCCUGAGCGUAACGUGAGACAGAGCAUCAUGCCGGUGCGGUACAGCCGCAAGCCGCCCACGCUGAACAUACCACAUCCGCAGAGUAAAAAACCACCGUGUGCUGAUAAAGAAACACAAACCGAUCCAGCUGAUUUCAAUAAACUAACAAAUGGACAAACAGUACAAUCGAAAGAUGAUAAACAAAACGAGAGGAAUGAUAAAAACAUUAUAGAUACCAAAAGCGAUAAGUUAAAAGACGAUCUCAAAUGCAACAACGUGAAACCGAGUCACGAUGAUAAGUCCGUAACGAUGAAUGAGAAAGUCGAGUCCUUAUAGCAACGAGAAUCAUCUAAAUCUUUGAACGACGUCGUCGUUAAAACAAAUAAUUGCUUUAAAAAGAAAAGCUGUUCCUGCAAACUCAGGGAACGUAAACCGAUUGUGGUCUAGAGUCUAGAAAUUUCUAUAACAUCUGUACAUAUUUUAUCUCGUUAUAUUUAAUAUGUAAAUAGAUAAGGUGAACAUGUAUAUAUAAAGCAAAAGACGCAUAGUGAUAUUGUAUAUAGUGGUAAAUAUCGUUUGUAUCGAAGUAUAUAGGUUUAUAAUAUUGAUAUACAGGGUGUUGCACUGAGCCAGGACGAGAUGAAGACUAUUAAGGCUAUAUCUAACUUAU